UUCGAUUGACUAUAAGAAAGAUAGCUUCUAAUAAACACCAUUUAAAUCCUAACGAACAUAAUUUUUCCAAAUGUUUAUCUGAUAAAAUUUAUUUUAUAAAGAUGAAAGCUUCAGCAAGAUUAUUUAUAGAAAUUGCAUUGAUUGCAGCAUCAGGAAUCUUAAUAAAUGCCCAUGACAAUGAGAAGAAGGUAGAUCUAACCGAGAUGUACAAAAACCCCUUAUCAAAUGGUUUUGGUGAUGAUAUUGACUGGAUACCUUGGGAAAAUGCAGUGGAAACAGCUUUGGAAAGGAAUAAACCUGUCUUUCUUUUAAUCCAUAAGACAUGGUGUCAUGCGUGCAAAUCUCUAAAGAAAGUAAUGCAACAGUCAAAUGCAAGAAAAGCAUUCAAAAAACUUAGUGAAUAUUUUGUUAUGGUAAAUACUGCAGAUGAUGAUGAACCCUACGAAGAAGAAUACAGACCUGAUGGGAAAUAUGUUCCGAGAAUUCUAUUCUUAGAUAAAAAUGGUGAUUUGCUCCUGGACUUCAAGAAUAAAAAGGCGGAGUACAAGAACUAUGCUUAUUAUUACCCAAGUCCUGCAGACAUUUUAAAUUCCAUGAAAGAAGUGAUAGCCCAUUAUGGCAUUGAAUUAUCGAGUGAGAAGAAAGGUGACAAGCUUAAACCUGUAAAACCGCCACCAAAAAAGGAACCGGAAGCGCCAGAAACAAAGAAAGAUAAAAAGAAAGUUUCUGACGAUGAGACGAAGAAAGCAGAAAAAGACAAAGAAAUUAAGGAAGGCGAGAAGAAAAAAACGAAAAAAGAAAGCUCGAAAACAUCAGAACUUUAA